CAGGUCUGUGUUAGUGGGCCAAAGUUCUCCGGCGGAUCACAAGUUACGGGUGUUUUUUCAGCGAAAUUUGCCACAUGUUGAUGGCCGGAUAUAACGUGUUUGUGCGUGGUGCGUGUUCGCAAACGAUUUUACCUCACUGCGGGCCAUUCAAAAUGCGGAAUGCAAAUGGGAUUGCGACCGAAGCCGUCCUGAGACGUAACAUUAAGUGCGGUGAUACAGCAUAGCUCUCGGCAAUGUUUUUGAUCAAACUGAUUUGUGACAAAGGAUAAACUGCAGACCGCGAUUGGUCGCUUUGCAGGGGUAUCAAUUUGGCAUCAAUUUGAUUAAUCUUUAACACCUGUGCUAAAUAACCAAGCACAAUGGGAAACGCUGAGUCAAAUGUCACCUCCGGUGUCAAGAAGCAAGCCGACACCUCCUCCAUCCUCAUGUACAAGUUGGUGGAUCUCAAAGGAGGAGGGUUGCUGGUGGAGUUGAUGAAGCGAGCGGCGAGAACGAAGCAAUUUGCGGAGCUGGACCACGCCAUCAAAACCAAAGUGGAACCGUUCCUAUACAACAAGGGCGAGGGUCGUCUUAUUCCAAUCUCCCACCUCGUCCUCAUCCGCAACAAGGAGCGGCCCCGUCACAAAUGGCUGCCAUACUUGAAACAUAUGGAUAUGGACACGGAACUAGAUAUAGAAAAAAUGCCAAUCGAUAACGAUCCUGAGAAAAUUGAUCCGAAGAAAUGCCGAGAGGUAUGCUGGGAUUUGAUGGAACGUGGAGCGGUGGGUGAAACUAUUCUCCAUCUGUGCCUCCUCAACGCCACAUCCAUCCAUGCAGACUUGGCCAAGCGACUCCUCCGCUUUUAUCCGAAACUUAUCAACGAUAUAUACAUGUGCGACGAAUAUUACGGUGAAAGUGUGCUACAUAUUGCCAUAGUGAACGAAGAUCCAGCGAUGGUGAAGUUCCUUUUAGACAGUGGCGCUGACUACCACGAGCGUUGUACCGGGAACUUCAUGUGUCCUGAGGAUCAGAAGGCUACAAGGCAGGACACAGUUGAGCAUGAAUGGGUGAAUCUGUCGCCACUCACCAACUACGAGGGAUACGUGUACUGGGGUGAGUACCCACUUAGUUUUGCGGCUUGUCUGGGCCAAGAAGAGUGCUUCCGACUCAUGCUCGCGCGAGGAGCAAAUCCCGAUAAUCAAGACACAAAUGGAAAUACCGUUCUUCAUAUGCUCGUCAUCUAUGAGAAACUCGAAACAUUUGACAUGGCAUACGAAGUUGGCGCCAACAUUUCUGUUCGGAAUGUCCAGAAUUUGACUCCUCUCACUUUGGCAGCAAAACUCGCGAGAAUUGAGAUGUUCUUCCACAUUUUAAACAUCGAACGCGAAAUCUAUUGGCAAAUUGGCAGUAUUGCAUGUGCAGCUUAUCCUCUAGGGCAAAUCGACACAAUUGACAUCGAAACAGGACACAUCAGCAAAAAUUCGGCUCUUAAUCUUGUGGUCUUUGGGGACAAAGACGAACAUCUGGAGUUGAUGGAUGGCGUUUUGGUGGACCUUUUGAACGCCAAGUGGAACGCUUUUGUCAAAUUGAGGUUCUAUCGCCAAUUCUUCCAGUUCCUCAUCUACUUCUUGGUCUCGCUGGUUUGUUUCACGCUGCGACCUGGCCCGUUGCCGAAUGGAGAUCCGCCAGCCUCGCCUCCCACGGGAGCUCCCACGAACACGAGCAUGUUCCCGAAGGAGAACACCACCGACUACGUGCCUCAAGUUGUAGCCGCAUUCAGGGCCGUCAUCGGUGAUCCCCACGCCUACAAGCGCCGGAAACGACAAGCCCUGAAUGGUGACUCGCGGGUCACUUCCGUUGAGCCGGAGGCACCGGAAAUGACCGCUAAUAAUGGAAAAGUUGCCUCUGAUAACAACACGAACGAAUCUUUGGCGAACUCGUCUACUGGUGAUCGUGUUAGCAGAAGGUAUUUAAUGAUAGACGAGCAAAAUAACUCAAACUUAGACGGUCUUUCUAGUGUAAAAUUUUUGAGCGAACUCUCAAGAAAUGACGAGCACAUAUCUAUUUCCGGUUUGCGUUAUCCUGCGUGGCCAACGAGCGAGAAACCAUCUGACGAAUCGCGGCCUGCCGUUUUCCCUGAAAGUUCAAAAGUUGGUUUCACCUCCAGUUUGAAACCCGAAAAUGGAAAAUUACAGGAAAUUUCAGUAAAUACAAUGACUUUGCCGUCAUUCGGUAAAAGAAAUUCGUACUCUAAUAAGUCUUCCAUUGCAAGAGCAUUAAAUAUUUCGAUGGAGGCGAAUAAAUCGUUGGGCAAAUCAGCGACUUCUAGAACUAGUACUGAAGCUCCGUUUAAAUCAAAUGUGCAAAUUUUUAAGAAAAUCGAUGCUCCCUCAAUGAACGUCAUGUUGAGUUACAAAUCGGCUCGUAAAAAUGAUUCGCGAAUAGUUGACGAUCCGAAUUUUCAACAUGUGAACACUUCUCAGGUAGCCAGCGUUUCACCUGUGAGCGUUGAGCGGACGAUGCAUUCGGUCAGUCGAACGCUGCUGACCGCGGAGAUGAGAAACCCGGAAAUGAGGUUGAGGACACCGGAAACGGUGUUGAUCGCGCGGUUCCGCGGCGGGGGCCGGAAACGGUACCGCAACCAAACGCGACAGACGGCCGAAGCCGGAAGUGCGACAGAGGAGCCCGGAAGUGAGGACGAGGCGGGAAAUGAGCGACGGUACUUCCGCCCGGGGGAGGCCGACGGAAGCGGAAACAGGAGUGAGGCGGAGGAUGCUGCCAGCUUCGUCAACUGCACCGAGGCCGAGAAGUGUCUGGAGCGCUCCAUCAACGAUAACGAAAUCAGCAACGGGAAUGGGAAUGGCAACGCUGUCGAUAAUCAGGUUGAAAAGGAUGGCAGUGGAGAAGAGGAGGAUGAGGAGGAGGAGGAAUGGUGGGAAGACACGGGCGAGUGUCGGUUAUGGAGGGUCAACACCUACGAGGACGUGAUCCGGCUCACGGCAGAGGUGGCCCUCGAAUUUGGAGCCCUUCUCUACCUCUUGGCCGCGCUACGAGAGGCCAGCUUUCUCGGACUUCACAUGUUCAUCGAGAACCUUAUGACAGUGCCAUCCAGAGUGAUGUUCCUGUUUUCGUGCCUCAUGAUGAUGGGUGCACCAAUAUUGCGAUUUUCCUGUGAAGACGAGGCGGAAGACAUUCUGGCAGUUAUGAUAAUGUUGCUUACGUCACCAUACUUUCUCUUCUUUUGCCGGGGAUUCAAGACGGUCGGACCAUUCGUCGUCAUGAUCUACAGGAUGGUCAUGGGGGAUCUACUCCGAUUCGUUUCCAUCUACAUGGUCUUCGUCAUGGGAUUCUCUCAAGCCUACUACAUCAUAUUUCUAUCCUUCGACAACCCUAGUACACCAGACGGAGUGGACGACACGGUGAGCAAUCCAAUGCCAAACCCAGUUGAGGCUGGAAUGGCCAUGUUCCUCAUGUCACUCAACACUUUCGGUGACUAUUUUAGCGCCUUUGAAAAAACCGAACACGAGCUAGAGGCUAAGGUAUGCUUUGUAAUAUUCAUGGGUAUCGUUGCCAUUCUACUGGUUAACAUGUUGAUUGCUAUGAUGGGUAACACUUACCAAAAAAUCGCAGAAACCCGGAAUGAGUGGCAGAGACAGUGGGCCAGAAUUGUUUUGGUUGUUGAAAGAGGAGUCCCACCGAAAGAGCGGCUAACUAAACUCAUGUGGUACUCACAACCUAUGUCCGAUGGCAGACGUGCGUUGGUCUUGCGCCUCAAUCAGACGGAGCAAGACAAAGAGGAGAUGAAAGAGAUUUUAGAGAUGAAGCGAGUGCACAACCGAAUCGUGGAGAAGCGGCAAAAGCGACUGGCAAAGCUGUCCAACAAUGCAAGCCCCUCUAACAAGCCUCUAGUUGACCUGCCAAACCUUUCGAACCAUGAUUCCCCUACAAAGCCUCUCCUCGACCUUGCCAGUAACCUCAGCAAAUUUUGAGUCUGACCAUCCUGGCAAAAUAUUAUCUCCAUCCAAGCAUAUUUUAUUUUAAUGACAGUUAAUUUCCUAUUUCCUUCUUCUUUUUUUGACAAAGAAUCUAUUUUUAAGUGAAUAUACAAGAUAUACACUCAUA